AUGCCUGGGAAGAGGGGCUGGGGCUGGUGGUGGGCCCAGCUGCCCCUUUGCCUACUCCUCAGCCUUUCUGGGCCCUGGGUGCCUUCCUCCCUGGGGAAGCCCAAAGGCCACCCCCACAUGAAUUCCAUCCGCAUAGAUGGGGACAUCACCCUGGGAGGCCUGUUCCCAGUGCACGGCCGGGGCUCAGAGGGCAAGGCCUGCGGAGAACUCAAGAAGGAGAAGGGCAUCCACCGGCUGGAGGCCAUGCUGUUUGCUCUGGAUCGCAUCAACAAUGACCCGGACCUGCUGCCCAACAUCACGCUGGGCGCCCGCAUUCUGGACACCUGCUCCAGGGACACCCAUGCCCUGGAGCAGUCGCUGACCUUUGUGCAGGCGCUCAUCGAGAAGGACGGCACGGAGGUCCGCUGUGGCAGUGGUGGCCCGCCCAUCAUCACCAAACCGGAGCGCGUGGUGGGCGUCAUUGGUGCUUCUGGGAGUUCUGUCUCCAUCAUGGUGGCCAACAUCCUUCGCCUCUUCAAGAUCCCCCAGAUCAGCUACGCCUCCACAGCCCCCGACCUGAGUGACAACAGCCGCUACGACUUCUUCUCCCGCGUGGUCCCCUCGGACACGUACCAGGCCCAGGCCAUGGUGGACAUCGUGCGCGCCCUCAAAUGGAACUACGUGUCCACGCUGGCCUCGGAGGGCAGCUACGGUGAGAGCGGCGUGGAGGCCUUCAUGCAGAAGUCCCGAGAGGACGGGGGUGUGUGCAUCGCCCAGUCCGUCAAGAUACCUCGGGAGCCUAAGCCUGGGGAGUUCGACAAGAUCAUCCGGCGGCUCCUGGAGACGUCAAACGCCAGGGCGGUCAUCAUCUUUGCCAAUGAGGAUGACAUCAGGCGUGUGCUGGAGGCGGCACGGAAGGCCAACCAGACCGGCCACUUCUUCUGGAUGGGCUCGGACAGCUGGGGCUCCAAGAUCGCCCCUGUGCUGCACUUGGAGGAGGUGGCCGAGGGCGCCGUCACCAUCCUCCCCAAGAGGAUGUCUGUGCGAGGCUUCGACCGCUACUUCUCCAGCCGCACGCUGGACAACAACCGGCGCAACAUAUGGUUUGCCGAGUUCUGGGAGGACAAUUUCCACUGCAAGCUCAGCCGCCACGCGCUCAAGAAGGGCAGCCACGUCAAGAAGUGCACCAACCGGGAGCGCAUCGGGCAGGACUCAGCGUAUGAGCAGGAGGGGAAGGUGCAAUUUGUGAUCGACGCUGUGUACGCCAUGGGCCACGCGCUGCACGCCAUGCACCGAGAUCUGUGUCCGGGCCGCGUGGGGCUCUGCCCACGCAUGGACCCCGUGGACGGCACCCAGCUGCUCAAGUACAUCCGCAAUGUCAACUUCUCAGGCAUUGCGGGGAACCCUGUGACUUUCAAUGAGAACGGAGAUGCACCUGGGCGCUAUGACAUCUACCAGUACCAGCUGCGUAACGGCUCGGCCGAGUACAAGGUCAUCGGCUCCUGGACGGACCACCUGCACCUCCGAAUAGAGCGGAUGCUCUGGCCGGGGAGCGGCCAGCAGCUGCCCCGCUCCGUCUGCAGCCUGCCCUGCCAGCCAGGCGAGCGGAAGAAGACGGUGAAGGGCAUGCCCUGCUGCUGGCACUGCGAGCCCUGCACAGGGUACCAGUACCAGGUGGACCGCUACACCUGCAAGACCUGUCCCUACGACAUGCGGCCCACGGAGAACCGCACGGGCUGCCGGCCCAUCCCCAUCAUCAAGCUCGAGUGGGACUCGCCCUGGGCCGUGCUGCCCCUCUUCCUGGCUGUGGCGGGCAUUGCCGCCACGCUGUUCGUGGUGGUCACCUUCGUGCGCUACAACGACACGCCCAUCGUCAAGGCCUCGGGCCGCGAGCUGAGCUAUGUGCUGCUGGCGGGCAUCUUCCUGUGUUAUGCUACCACCUUCCUCAUGAUCGCCGAGCCCGACCUGGGUACCUGCUCUCUGCGCCGGAUCUUCCUGGGGCUCGGCAUGAGCAUCAGCUACGCGGCCCUGCUCACCAAGACCAACCGCAUCUACCGCAUCUUUGAGCAGGGCAAGCGGUCGGUCAGUGCCCCGCGCUUCAUCAGCCCCGCCUCGCAGCUGGCCAUCACCUUCAGCCUCAUCUCCCUGCAGCUGCUGGGCAUCUGUGUGUGGUUUGUGGUGGACCCAUCCCACUCGGUGGUGGACUUCCAGGACCAGCGGACACUGGACCCCCGCUUCGCCAGGGGGGUGCUCAAGUGUGACAUCUCAGACCUGUCGCUCAUCUGCCUGCUGGGCUACAGCAUGCUGCUGAUGGUCACGUGCACUGUGUACGCCAUCAAGACGCGCGGCGUGCCCGAGACCUUCAACGAGGCCAAGCCCAUCGGCUUCACCAUGUACACCACCUGCAUUGUUUGGCUCGCCUUCAUCCCCAUCUUCUUCGGCACCUCGCAGUCGGCAGACAAGCUGUACAUCCAGACGACGACGCUGACGGUCUCGGUGAGUCUGAGCGCCUCGGUGUCCCUGGGGAUGCUCUACAUGCCCAAGGUCUACAUCAUCCUCUUCCACCCGGAGCAGAACGUGCCCAAGCGCAAGCGCAGCCUCAAAGCCGUCGUCACCGCCGCCACCAUGUCCAACAAGUUCACGCAGAAAGGCAGUUUCCGGCCCAACGGCGAGGCCAAGUCCGAGCUCUGUGAGAACCUGGAAGCCCCCGCGCUGGCCACCAAACAGACCUACGUCACCUACACCAACCACGCCAUCUAG